UUUGCGAGUAAAAAACUUUUAUUAUUGAUAAUACUUAUAUUUGUUUGUGUUUUUUAAAAUGCCGUUAAACCUAACGCAUUUGCAACGCUGCAUCAUCUCGACGGCAUUUUAUGUUGUGUGCUUCAUUCUUGAAACUGUGGCUUGUGCGCUCAUCUACGACAUGACCGACUCCGACUGCAUAGGCGCGCGUGAGAUCUCUACUUUCAUGUGGUGGUCAGGUCUUUUAGUCUUUAUUCCCAUUAUACCGGAUAUAUUGUACUGUAUCAUGGGCAUACUAAUAUCAGAGCCAUUCUAUGCAGCACUGGGCGGCUGCUAUAACAUUGUGAUGUUCUGUGCGUGCGUAUUGGCCUGCAUAUUUGCCUUCCUCUCGGUUACGGGAUGUGGAAAUCCGAAACAGUCGACAGUAUUAGCUGUUGGUGUAAUUGAACUCAUUGCUGGCAUAGUACAUCUGGUAUUCAUAUGGUUUAUCAAGGAAAAUCUCGAUGAAGGCGAAGCUUUAUUCAGUAAAAAUUUUUAAAACAAAUGUUGGAGACUAAUGUUUAUAUAAUCUACGAGCCUUGCAUAUUAUACUAUAUGGAAAAAC